UCCAACUCCGGGAUCACUCGGUAGUUCGGUAGGUGGAGCAAUAGGCGGUUCGCUGCACACCUCGCCCUCAAACUCAAGGAAUAGGCUUCCACAGGUCUAUCCUCAGAUUCAGUUCAACGACACCAAGCUAUUUAUGGCCGCAAUGGUGGAAUUACCAGAAGAUGAACCAACACCACUUUGGGAACUUAUCUUAGAGCAGUUCAAAGAUCAGCUCGUCCUCAUUCUUUUAGCCUCGGCGAUCAUUUCCUUCAUUCUCGCUCUAUUCGAAGAUAAUUCGGAGACUGGACUAUUGGGCGCAUUUGUCGAACCUGCAGUUAUUCUCCUCAUCUUGGUCGCAAAUGCGACUGUCGGGGUCAUUCAAGAAACAAAGGCAGAAAAAGCGAUCGAUGCUCUUAAGGAAUAUUCUCCUGCCGAAGCCAAAGUCCUGAGAGACGGCUUCAUGACUAAAGUGGACGCGGCGGAAUUGGUUCCCGGAGACAUAGUUUCUAUCGCAGUCGGAGAUCGCAUUCCGGCCGAUUGCCGACUGAUAUCUAUCUCUUCCAGCAGCUUCCGCGUCGAUCAAGCCAUUUUGACCGGUGAAAGUGAAAGCGUGUCCAAGUCGUUGGCUACCAUCAAGGAUGAGAGGGCUGUUAAACAGGAUAUGCACAAUAUGGGUACAACCGUUGUCAGCGGUCAGGCUACGGCGGUUGUCGUUCAAACUGGAUCAAAGACAGCUAUUGGCGGGAUCCAUCAAUCUAUUUCUGAACAAAUUAGUCAGAAGACACCUCUAAAACAGAAACUAGAUGACUUUGGCGACAUGUUGGCCAAAGUCAUCAGUAUUGCUGUAGCACUAGCGGUUGCAGCUAUACCCGAGGGAUUGGCAGCCGUAAUCACGGCUUGCCUUGCGUUAGGAACAAAGAAGAUGGCUCAGAAGAAUGCCAUCGUUCGUAAUCUCCCCAGUGUCGAGACUCUUGGAUGCACAAAUGUGAUAUGUUCGGACAAGACGGGGACUUUGACCACCAAUCAAAUGAGUGUCAGCAACCUCGCCAUCGUAGACACUCGUGGGUCAUUAGUUCAAUAUACCGUCGAAGGCACUACCUUCAGCCCGGAUGGUAACUUGCGGGAUCGAAGCGGAAACAUUCCUGCGUUGUCCGAGUCCCUCGUCAAGACCGCAGAAAUCGCUACCUUGUGUAACGACUCCAAGAUUAUCUAUCAAGCGGAAAAAUCGUCAUACCAAAACCUAGGAGAGCCUACCGAAGCUGCACUCAAAGUACUUGUGGAGAAGAUCGGUAAUCCUUGCCCGCAGCUUACACAGUCCUUGGGGACGCUGCCUCCACAACGACGAGCAUCGGCCAUCAGUGAUAGGUAUCAAUCCGACAUCAAACGCUUGCUCACAUUUGAGUUCUCGAGGGACCGGAAAAUGAUGUCCGUUCUAGUCCGACGAACCAAUGGGCAAGGUAGCCUUUUCGUUAAGGGCGCCCCGGAGUCCGUCUUGGAGAGAUGUAGUUUCAUGCAAAGCGAUAGUCGUGUGGUACCUCUCGAGCGAAGCAUGCGAAAGAACAUCCUCGAUCUUAUGGCCUCCUAUACUCGCAAUGGCUUACGGACCCUAGCAUUGGCAUAUGUCGAUAAGACUGAUCUAGAUCCCUCCCACUACACCUCUGCAUCUACUGCAGAAUAUGGGAGAUUUGAGCAAAAAUUGGUCUUUGUAUCACUCGUAGGCAUGCUGGAUCCACCGAGACCUGAGGUUCGCGACGCCGUUGCUCAGUGCAAGGCUGCCGGUAUUCGAGUUAUCUGCGUUACUGGUGAUAAUCAAGGAACCGCUGAGGCUAUUUGCCGCCAGGUCGGUAUUUUCGAAGUGAACGAAGAUACGAAAGGCAAAAGCUAUACGGGAAGAGAAUUCGAUGCUCUUACUCUCGCCCAGAAAAAGGAAGCUGUCAAGCGUGCCAAAGUGUUCAGUCGGACUGAACCAUCUCACAAGUCUCAGUUGGUGGACUUGCUACAACAAGAAGGGCUAGUGGUGGCAAUGACUGGUGAUGGGGUGAAUGAUGCCCCUGCCCUUAAAAAAGCAGAUAUUGGUGUGGCUAUGGGUAGCGGCACAGACGUGGCCAAGUUAGCGGCAGAUAUGGUGCUAGCUGACUCCAAUUUCGCCACCAUCGAAAAAGCCGUUGAAGAAGGCCGACUUAUUUAUAAUAAUACCAAACAAUUUAUUCGUUAUCUCAUACUUUUGGGCAUGCCUGAAGCUUUGAUACCCGUUCAACUAUUAUGGGUCAAUUUAGUCACUGACAGUCUUCCCGCGACUGCUCUCGGCUUCAACCCACCCGACCAUGCCAUUAUGCGAGUCCCUCCACGAAACAGCAGAGAACCACUGGUCGGAAAAUGGCUUUUCUUCAGAUAUUUGGUGAUCGGAACCUACGUUGGUUGCGCGACCGUCUUUGGAUAUGCUUGGUGGUUCCUGUUCUAUGAACAAGGCCCACAGAUCACAUGGUAUCAGUUGACACAUUUCCACAGUUGCUCGACUCGGUUCCCGGAAAUUGGUUGCGAGAUGUUUACCAAUAACAUGUCCAAAACUGCAACCACUAUGAGCCUUUCGAUACUCGUUGUGAUCGAGAUGUUCAAUGCAAUGAACUCGCUUUCAGAAAAUGAGAGUCUUCUAGCGCUGCCACUGUGGAAAAACCCGUUCUUGGUGAUGGCCAUCACGUUGAGCAUGUUGCUCCAUAACAUCUUUGCUAUUACCCCAUUGAACUGGACUGAGUGGAAGGCAGUUUUAUUCAUCAGCGCUCCUGUCAUCUUGAUUGAUGAGGGCCUUAAAUUUCUUUCAGCUUAUAGUACUCCUCUCUAA